AUGGACUCAUGUAACAAGAAGUUCUACUCCACUGAGUACUGGAGGUUCAGGAUUAAGAGUGAGAAAAAAUUGUACGCCAUUGAACUGGCAGGCAAUGUGCCAAGAGAUGCUGUAAAUGCAUUUAGCAAUGCAAGUCAACCACAGUUUGUGACAAAUUUGAGAGCGUUCUCAACUCCUGACAAGGACAACGAUGGAUGGUCUGGUGGCAAGUGUGCCGACGAGAAUGGGCGCUGGUUCAACUGGUGUGGAGUCAGUGUGCUGACGAACAAUCCUCAAAGCUGGGGAACUGUGAAGUCUGCUACUUCAGCUGCCAAUAAGGAUGUCAUUUAUUCCACGAUGAUGAUUAUGAUUAAUUGA